CGCCCUCUAUAAAUACCUUCUUCGCUCGAUUCAACAGCCUCAUUAUCUAAUUCCUUUCUCAUUACACUCCUGUUACUCUGCUCUCCAAUUCCUCUUCUUCCUCCAAAAUUCAAGAAAACCAUUCAAACGCUCUGAAUCUUUUUUCCUUUCUCAUGGAAAAUCGUGCCUUCUUCUUCUUCUUCUUCUCGCUCUUCAUCUUUUCAACAAUCCCAUCCCUCUCCCUCUCCCAACAGCUUCCCGCAACAGGCGAAUGGCGCCUCCUGCAGAAGAGCAUUGGCAUCUCAGCCAUGCACAUGCAGCUCAUCUACACCAACCAAGUCGUCAUGUUCGACCGCACAGAUUUCGGACCGUCCAAUCUCUAUUUCCCUGACGGUCGAUGCCGAUUGGACUCCAACGAUACCGCCCUCAAGAUCGACUGCACUGCCCACUCCCUCACAUACGACGUUCAAUCCAACAUCGUUCGUCCUCUCACCGUCCAGACUGACACGUGGUGCUCAUCCGGCUCCGUUCUUCCCAACGGCACCUUCGUACAGACGGGCGGAUACAAUGACGGGGAACGAGUGGUUCGCACAUUCACCCCAUGUGUGGGUGGCCCACUAUUUGAAGAUUGCGAUUGGAUCGAGAAGCCCCACUAUCUUUCUGUCCGUCGUUGGUAUGCCACAAAUCAGAUUCUGCAAGAUGGACGGGUGAUCAUCGUAGGUGGACGUCGACAAUUCAGUUAUGAAUUCUUUCCGAGGAACUCCUCUGAGCCGGCGAAUUACUGGCUUCGGUUCUUGAUAGAGACACGGGACGUCGACGAGAACAAUCUUUAUCCGUUCUUGCACCUGCUACCAGACGGGAGUCUAUUCAUCUUUGCGAAUGAUCGUGCCAUCAGAUUAGAUUACAUGAAAAAUCGUGUGGUCAGGAAGUAUCCACCUAUCCCAGGUCGGGACCCACGGAAUUUCCCCAGCUCUGGAUCAUCUGUACUGCUCCCGCUGCAUCUUGAUGAUAUCGAUGGUGUCGAUGGCCUGAUAGCCGAGGUGAUGGUAUGUGGCGGGGCGCCACGUGGCGCAUUCAAGCAGGCCGAGAACGGAACAUUCUUGCCAGCUUUAUCAAGCUGUGGACGGCUGAGAGUCACAGAUCAUGAGGCCCAGUGGGAAAUGGAAGAAAUGCCGAUGGCCCGAGUGAUGGGAGAUAUGCUGCUGCUCCCCACAGGCGAUGUCUUGAUCAUAAAUGGGGCAGCCAAUGGCACAUCCGGGUGGGAGCUGGCGCGAAACCCAAUCACCAAACCCGUUAUUUAUCGUCCAUCUGAUACAGUGGGCCAACGGUUCCAGAUCCUAAGUCCAUCGCCAAUCGCUAGGCUAUACCAUUCAUCAGCUGUCGUGCUUCCUGACGGACGGAUCCUCGUUGGGGGCAGCAACCCUCAUAUGCGUUACAACUUCACAGCUGGUGUGGAUUACCCAACGGAGCUCAGCAUCGAAGCGUUUUCGCCGCCCUACCUUGACAUGCAAUACGCUCGGUUAAGGCCACAGAUCACAUCCACUGUGCCCGAGCAGCUCCUAUCGUAUGGCCAGCCGAUCACCAUCAAUUUUUUAUUGACGUCCUACAUGCCGCAAUCUGGACUGUCUGUUACAAUGCUGGCCCCGUCUUUCACAACGCAUUCUACUGCGAUGAAUCAGAGAUUGCUGGUGUUGAAGGUGACGCGGGUGGUGCAGGCACCGCCCUUGAUGUAUCAGGUGAACGCAAUUGGACCGCCAACGGCUGCGAUCGCACCGCCUGGUUACUACAUGCUGUUUGUUGUGCAUGCAGGGAUUCCCAGCCCUGGAAUAUGGGUGAGGAUGCACUGAUUUUUAUUCUCUUUUUUUUUUUUUGCCUCAUUUUGUAUUUAUGGGGAAUGAUAUUUUUCUCUCCCACAGACUUUGAUGGUUCCAACCGUAAAGAGUAGCUUGAUAUCCAAAUUACACUUGUGAGGGUUGCACUGUCACUUUUGGGGAUUUAAGUAUCAUUUUUAUUUUUGUUCAUGGGAGAAACCCCAUUGAUUGAUUUAAUUGGGCUUUUUUUAAACGGUUUGUAUUUUUGGGUGGCAUUUUUUUUCAUGCAAUUUUGCAUGUUAUAUGUUGAAAGAAAUGAAAUCAGAAGUUUGGAUCUCUCUCUCCCUUAGUUUUCUUUAAUACUCUGGCAAAGUGUGAUGAAUGAUACGCAGGUAGCUCAAGUUUAUUGAGAAAUUGCAUACGUGGAAACAAGUAAUUAGCCUAAGCUAUCCAAAAUUUGGUACCAAUUUAGGUGCAUAAUUGACAAAAUAUUGCUGUAUAUUUGUUGGACGGUUAAAAAUGCAAAAUAUCCAAUAGUUUGAUUUAAAAGUAAAAAAGUGUCCAUGAAUCAGAGGUUUGAAUUGUUAGACUAGACUAAUUUUCAGCGGGUCCUACAGUUUAUUUGGUUUUAUUUGACUUAAUACAUGACAAGGGUACCAUUUAUAAGUUCCUUUGUAUGAAGCUUACAUGAGAAAUAAUAUUGACUUCCACAAAACAGUUCAUGGGGAAGGAUAUUAAGCACUUUAUACAUGUGAACUCGGUCCACCUAUAUAAGAUCCGGAACAUUCAUCCAGCAGUCCCUGCCAUGGAUGGAUAACAGCCCAAAAAAAUCAAAUCAACACCAAGCAUUUAACUGGAAGAUUUUUGAGGAUUCCAUGUGCGUGGCUAAAAAGAAAUCAACCAACAAUGUGAUGGGUAUCAUCUUUGAGAUACAACCAUCUAGUGCACAGUGCAAGAGAUGAACCGUGGAUCUCCGAUAUGUGUUGCUGCAUGUACAAGGACAGAAUUCCUGAUUUCUAAGAAAAAAGCAAAGUUGCUAAGAUUCAUAUCCUUUCUCACAGUAUAAACAGCUAGAUUCAAUCUAA